CUUUGAAUCUACCCCACUGUCUUUGGUACCACAAAGCCCAUAAUGCUUUGUCCAUAGAUAACCGGACCAAGCAAACUUUAAUAAUCUUAGCAUGUAACAAACACCAGAGGGAGCCAACCUCUAUUAAACACAAAUUGUGGUUCGUAAUAUGCUUGCAAUGGUAAUACCUUGCUACACAAGAAUUGUAAGACAUUGUAAAUUUCAAAUUGAAGUUAUUAUUGUUCAUAAACUCCAAAAAUCUAUAUAGGUAGGCAGGCUCUGUGUUGGAUUGGCUUGCAGUGAUUAUUAUUUCGUUUUUUUCUUCCAUGUCUUCUCCAGAUACCCAACAUGACAGGAAGAACCUUAAACAUCCUAGGACCUCACGGGACAGUAACCUUACCGACACCGCCUUUGACCCCUCUGUACACCAGAGCCCCCGUCCCACAGCGAGUGAUGUCAAUGAGUUCUUCCCUUGCCAUGAAUGCGGCAGCAAUUUCAUUCAAAAGGCCGACCUUGUGUCACACCAGAAAACACAUUCUGGCCAGGCCACCAGUGAGGGAGCCUUCCAAUGCCUUGAAUGCGGGAAGGCCUUCGACACGAAGCACAAGCUUAUACAGCAUCGCAGGAUUCACACCAAGGACAAGCCAUUUGCCUGCUCUGAAUGUGGGAAGUGUUUCAUCUGGAAGUCUCUUUUGGUCCGCCACCAAAAGGUACACAGGGAUGAGAAACCAUUCUCCUGCCCCGAGUGCGCAAAACGUUUCACCUGGAAGUCGAACCUGGUGGACCAUCAAAGAAUUCACCUGGCACAGAGGCCCUAUGCCUGCUUUGAGUGCGGAAAGUGCUUUGGGACUAAGCUACACCUCAGCAAGCACCAACGCGUUCACACCGGCGUCAAGCCAUAUCCGUGCACAGAGUGCGGGAAAUGUUUCUCGGAGGCGUCGUCCCUUGUUAAACAUCGAGGCACGCACGCGGCUCAGAAACCUUUCUGCUGCCUUGAAUGCGGGAAGUACUUUGCGUCAAAGUCCAACCUCCUUUGCCACCACCAAAGAAGCCACGCAGGAGAAAAACCAUUCUCCUGCUCUGAGUGCGGCAAGCGAUUUGCCAAGAAGCCGUGGCUGGUGGAGCACCAGAGGACCCACACCGGAGAAAAGCCAUUUUCGUGCUCCAAAUGCAGCAAGUGCUUUACGCAAAUGUCCUCCCUGGCCAAGCACAUGAAAAUUCACACAGGGGAGAAGCCGUUCUCGUGUGCCGACUGCGGCAAGCGCUUUGCUGGGAAGCCCAAUCUGGUCCUACACCAGAGAACGCACAGCGGCGAAAGGCCCUUCCCCUGCCCUGAGUGUGGCAGUUCCUUUGGCAAGAAGCAGUGCCUGGUCGAACACCUGCGCAUUCACACAGGUGAGAAGCCAUUCUCCUGUGCAGAGUGCGGGAAAUGCUUCACGCAGAGGUCCAACCUCGUGAAGCACCGCAGGACUCACACCGGAGAAAAGCCUUACUCCUGUUCGGAGUGCAACAAGUCUUUUGCCAAGAAGUCCAGCCUAAUUUGUCACCAAAAGAGUCGCUGUGGAGAGGUGCCUGUGUGACAGCCCAAAAGACCUUGAAGAUUCCUUGCUGUAACCAUGAUGAGCAACCAAAUAUGGUGGGGAUGGAGUUUUGACCCUCAGGCCUCUUUUUUUUUCGCCAGAAGAUGCCAUGGGUGCCCCCCAAGCAGUGCAUAGUUCGCUGUACAGUGCUCCUAUAGAGAGAAUGGACACAUCUCAGGAGAUCGGACACCGUGCCCUGAAAUAAUUUACAGCUGGUGCCUAACUUUUAUAUCUGCCUUUUUCAUUCUAGUCCUUUGGGUUGAGUUACUGUCCAAGAUGCUGUAUUCUUACCCACAAUCUCCUGCUACUGUAAACACGGAAUUGAUGACGUAGUCAACACGGUUUUCCAGCAGGAGGCUAAACCUGAAAGGGCUUUUGUACUCAAAGGGGCAGAUUCACAUACCUCGGCGCAUAUUUCCGCCGGCGCAGCGUAUCUAAGAUACACU